AUGUCUGAGGUAGUAACCGGUGUUGUGAAACUUACAUUUGGCUUUUUAGCGAACAAGAUUCGCAGUGGAAUUGCAGAACGUUUGAAAGAUGGCGACGUCACUGACGAAGAAUGUCGGCGCUUGAUCGUCAGCGAACUUGACGAUAUCAAAAGCAAGUUGGAUGGUUUGGCAAGAAAGGAUUUACUGAGUAGCUUUUGUUUUCUACAAGAAGGAGUCAAUAGGUUAUAUCAGUCCCUAUUUCAAGUGGAUUCAAGUGAGAAUACAGCGGAAUCGCCCAAACAAGCAACCUUAGUCGAAGCUGCGUCAUUCAGAGACACUGGUCCUGAUUCUCCUAUCAACGAAGUUAUUGCCCUUUUAAAUGCCAUCACGUCAUUGAAAAUACGUUCCAAGGAACGCUUUAAAUCUGCCAUAAAAUCGUUCGAACUCGCGCGUGAAAAUGCCACCAAAGCAUUCUGUAACGAAGCGUUAUCCGUCGAAGACCGAAUUCAAGCGUCGCAAGUCAGAAUGAUGGCGAGAAUUUUGGAAAAUUUGAAAGACCCAGAAGCAAGCGCAAGUGAUUGCUUGCA